UUUACCCGGCUUACAGUUACAACUACAGACCGUUUCAGCCAUAGAUAUACAUAAAUUUCAGCAACGUCUAGUUUGAUUAAAUUUCAUUAUAACAUCUCUUCAGUUUUUACCCAUAAUCCGUUUUAAAAGAUUUCGUAAUGGCAAAUUGGCCUGCACUUGGUUCAAUUAUCCUUCCAAAUGUUGGUGGAUGGGCCAAUGGAUUGUUUUUUGCCGGUCAAAUCCGCAAAGACAGCAGUGAAAAGUCCUGGUAUGAUGAAUUAAAGAAGCCAAGCUGGACUCCCCCAAAGUGGGUAUUUGGUCCAGCUUGGACUGUUCUCUACAGCAGCAUGGGAUAUGCCUCUUACCUCAUCUGGGAGGAAUGUGAUGGUUUUACUGAAGAUGCAGUCCUACCUCUCACAUUGUACGGAGUACAGCUGCUACUCAACUGGUCCUGGACUCCUAUUUUCUUCGGAUUGAAGGACUUCAAGCUGGCAUUCAUUGAGAUCUCAGUGCUGUCCGGGGCAGCAGUGGCAACGACACUGUCAUUCGGCAGUGUCAAUAAGACAGCCGGUUUGUUACUCGUACCAUACUUGGCUUGGCUCGGAUAUGCCAGCUCCCUUUCUUACUACAUCUGGAAGAACAAUCCUAAACCGGUGAAGGGACAAUAAAGAUCCUGACAAUGGAAUAUUUUGCUUUAUGCCUUAAAUAUAGAUAUAAGAAAAGGUAUUAAUUUCGAACAGAUAAUAAUUCGAUUUCAUUAAAUAUCAACUGUUGAUAGAAAUGUAAUUAUUAUAAAUAAUGCUGAUAAUGACUUAUUAUGGAAUUUGCAUUUUUGACAUUACAUUGAUAAAAUAAAUAAAAAUAUUUAAAAAGAUGUAUAUUAACGCUCUGGUGGUUCAGUGUUGUAAGUUUGAUAUGGGACAUGUAUCGUUAAACUUUGAAUUUUACAUUUUGUAUAUGAAACCAAUUCACUAUCCAUAAAAUCAAGUCAAGUGAUACAGUCGGAAUUUAAUGCAAAGAAAACAGUACUUCAAUAUACGAAUAUCUAUUAAUUAUUAAUUGAUUAUUGACAAAUUCUAAGGAAUUCUUUGAGAGCAUCAUAUAUUACCAGAGCAAAGUUCAUUCUUACUGCCUGGAACACUAAAAUUAUUGAUAUUACAUUAAAAUUAAUUUCAAAGCAUUGAUUACGAUAAAUGUGGAAAAUGGAAUACACCAAUCUUCGAAAACAUCAAAGUUUUGUAUGCAAAAUAAACAAUUUAUUAAUUGUGCUAUAAAUAUAAUAUUUGUGCUUGGGUACACUCAACAAGAAAAGUAACUUGUUCAGGUUAGUAAGGUAAUAAGAACAAACAAACUUGCAAUAAAAAGAUAAAUGUUAAUAUGAGCUGUUGCUCGUUGAGAUGCGUAUUCUUUGAAAUACAAGCGAAUCGUGUAUUUCAAAGAAAUUUUAAUACUGUUUUCACAUUAUCUAUGUAUCAAUGUUUAGAGAACUUAAAAUAUGUGUCAAAAGGAAUUUAUCCCUCUUAAACGUAGAUGAAUAUCGAUCAUCCCCACUGGUACGCUGGGUCUAUCCACAGAGGUCAUUGUUCACCGCUCUCCCCCGGAGUGUUCCCCGAGCUGUGUCACAUGUCAUUGCUCUUCUUGUGGUACUAUUUGUUAACCAAUCUGCCCACGAUGGCAAAAAACAUUAAGAAAGUGUACUUAUUUAUUUAUUUAUUUACCACAAGGAGAACCAACAGCCCAUUAGGACAAUAAUGUAACAAAUAAUAGAAACAAAAAGCCAAUAAAGGUCCCUUCCC